AUGACGACGACGACAACGGCCCCUGCGUUGCCAACGCCCAUUCACGAUGGCCUUGGUAAUGGUACUACAUAUGAGAGGAGUAUUCCCAGGCCCGUCAAUCCGUUCUCGAAUCGUGUACCUGGACGAGAAAUCAUAACGGUCCCCAACUUCACGCUCGAAUCUGGUGUUGAGAUGCGAAAUGUGCCAGUUGCGUAUAUGAGCUGGGGCAAGCUAUCACCAAAGGCCAAUAAUGUCAUGAUCAUUUGCCAUGCGUUAUCUGGGAGUGCAGAUGUCAGCGACUGGUGGGGCCCGCUUCUUGGACCUGGAAAGGCGUUUGACACGGACAAGUUCUUUGUCAUCUGUAUGAACAGUCUAGGAAGCCCAUAUGGAACCGCCAGUCCUGUGACAGCCAAGAAUGGAGACUACUCGGAGGGAUGGUACGGGGCUGACUUUCCUGCAACUACUAUCCGAGAUGAUGUUCGGCUUCACAAGUUGGUCCUAGACAGACUCGGAGUUCGAAAGGUUGCUGCUGUCAUUGGUGGCUCUAUGGGCGGUAUGCACGUUCUCGAAUGGGCGUUCUUUGGUAAAGACUACGUUCGUUGUAUUGUACCAGCUGCAACGUCAAGUCAUCAAAGUGCGUGGGCCAUUGGCUGGGGUGAGGCACAGCGCCAUGCCAUUCGAAGCGACGUUAAAUACAAGAAUGGUCGUUAUGGCUUCGAUGAUCCGCCCAUUCUUGGACUGGAAGCGGCUCGUAUGACAGCAUUGUUGACGUAUCGAAGUCGGGACUCCCUUGAGAGGCGAUUUGGGCGCGAUACGGGAAACAAGAAGAAGGCAAAAAAUAAAGGCAGCGAGACAUUGCCGAGCAACAGUACACCAAUUCAUAGCCAAGGAGGGGCCGAUGAAACACCUGUAGCCUUUGACCGUGCCGACUCCAACUUCGCGGCCCAAUCCUAUCUCCGCUACCAAGCCAAGAAGUUUUCCGACCGCUUCGACAGCAACUGCUACAUCGCCCUCACUAAUAAGCUCGACACUCAUGACCUGGCUCGGGGGCGAACACGGACCAUAACCGAAGCGCUGUCACUGAUUGAGCAGCCUACCCUUGUGCUGGGCAUACGGAGUGAUGGGCUGUAUACGCUUGCGGAGCAAGAGCAGAUUGCACGAACCGUGCCAAAUGCCAAGUUGAGAGAGAUUGUUAGUGACGAUGGGCAUGAUGCCUUCUUGAUCGAGUGGAGCCAGUUGAACUGGUUGUUGGUUGGAUUUCUGCAUGAGAGUUUACCGGAUAUUAUGCAGAGAGCGGCUCUGUAA